UGAAAGCUGUCGGUGAGACGUUCAACUGCUUCACCGGGCGGUGGAGCGUUGUGACAGUGGUGACGCUCGUGCAUAGCUGGCGACGCCGACGUACACAGGUUCGUGCACCGAGCACCACCUCGGAUCCAUGGACGUGGACGACGCAUUCCGCGUGUUGGACAGCAGCGGGCGGCAGCAAUGGAAGCACAUGCUAGCCACAAUGUCUCAACCACUACCGGGAGCCUUCAUCAUCCUGCUGAUGGAGUUUAUUGGUUACACCCCGAACUUUGAGUGCCACCGACAGGGGCCGAAUGGGACAGAUAUACUCGUGAACGCCUGCUUCAACGACACAACAGCGUUCUGCGACGACAUCGUGUUCCGUUCCGGGUACACCAGCGUGGUGACUGAGUGGUCACUGGUCUGCGAGCGGACAACGGACGUACACCUGCUGCAGUCGCUCUUCAUGGCUGGCAUGACGAUUGGCGCUCCCCUGGUCAGCCCCCUGGCGGACAUGUUCGGCCGGCGCCGGGUCGUGCUGCUCACAUUCGGCCUGCAGGCCCUGCUGGUGGCCGCCUUGGUUUUCGUCCCCAACUACGCCACGUUCGCCGUGCUGAGGUUCCUGGCCGGCGUCCUGCAGGUGGGCUGCCUGCCGUGCUUCACCUUGUCCUCGGAGCUGGUGGGGCCGCAAUACCGGAGUCGCGUUGGCCUCUUUGGCUCCACCUUCUUCUCCAUCGGUAUUCAGAUGCUGGCACUCGGCGCAUACGUCACCACCACGUGGCGCCUCCUGGUGAUCGCCUCAGCUGCCUUGGCCGGCCUCUCCGUGUUCGUGAUAUGGCUCUUUGUGCCUGCCAGUCCGCGAUGGCUUAUGCUCAAUGGUCGAACCGAGGAAGCGCACAAAGUCAUGCUGGGCGUGGCGCGUGCCAACGGAGUGACCCCUCCGGCCAACUUUACCCUGGUGGCCGCGAGGGAGAAGACCGUUGGCUUUCCCGACAACUGCUGCUCGCUGUUCCGACACUGGCGCUCCGCUCUCUGGACAGUGGUGCUCUGCCUCACCUGGGCGGUACACACGCUGACCUACUACGGCCUGACGGCAGCGGCGGCCACCAUGGGUCAAAACCGAUUCAUCUCGUUCGCCCUCUCGGGCCUGGUGGAGAUUCCGCCCAACAUCGUCAUCUCCUGGCUGUUGGAUAAACUGGGCCGACGGUACACGCUCAGCGGCGUGAUGCUGGCCGGAGGCAUCAGCUGCGUCCUGAUCUUUCUGCUGCCUGGCUCCUACAUUGACGAUCAGGGAGGCAGGCUGACGCUCAGUCUGAUAGGGAAGCUGUGCAUAGCUACCACGUUCACCGUAACCUACAUAUUCACGGGCGAGAUUUUCCCCACAUCGGUUCGUAACACUGGCUUCGGCAUCGUCAACUUCUGCGGGCGGAUGGCUGGGAUAGCCUAUCCCUUCGUAGCGCUGCUGAAUAUGGUGAGGAAAGAUCUUCAUUUCUUCGUGUUUGGAGCGCUCAUCACAUCAUCGGCGCUGCUGGACCUGCUGCUGCCGGAGACAAUGGGAAAGCCGCUGCCAAAGACAGUUGGGCAAAUUGUCGGAGAAGAGUACGCCGCGAGGACCGACCGCGGUGAGGCUGGCUCGGAGACGGCGUGCUUCCGGCUCGACGUCGUCAAGUACGCGGCGUUCCUUCUCGCCAUGAUGGCCCCCGGCUGCGGUACCUCUUGA